CAUGCACAAACGGAUGCCAUUUCUUGAUACUCCACUAUCAUUCCCUCAACGUUCAAUCAUGGUUCCAGAGUUAGAGAAACCUCAGGUCACAGAGAUACAAGUCCGAAUAGACUGUAAUGGUUGUGUACAGAAGAUAAAGAAGGCCCUUCAAGGCAUUAAUGGUAUAUAUGAUCUCAACAUUGAUUUUGCCCAGCAAAAAAUAAUAAUAAUUGGGUGGGCAGAUCCAGAAAGAAUAGUUAAAGCCAUUAGGAAGACAAGAAAAAAUGCCAUAAUUUGUUCUCAAACAGAACCACCAGACGACCAACCACCACCUGACGGCGAAACACCACAGCCGGAGUCCACUAACCCUCCACCAGAGGCUGAUGAAACUACACCAGCAGAGCAGCCAAAAGAUCCACCACCACCAGAGUCAAAACCAUCCCCUGAUGAAACUGCUGAUCAACCCUCUAAACCGAAGGAUGUUGAAGAGGCUCAUGUAAUAAACCAACCGCCACCAGAACACGGCGGCGGUUAUGGUGGUGGACUUGCUUAUUCCUGUGGUGGUACAGGAUUCAGAGGCGAGCCACCUCAGCCCAUUUAUGUGGCUCACAGUUACGAUACAUACAGACCAUCAACUUAUGUAACUGAAUAUGCAAAUUUCCAGCCGCCGCCGGCCAGAUACUCGUACCAAGGUAGACCUUACCACUACAGCGAGAAUUUUCGGGCAGGAAACCAUGGCAAUGGGAAUAUUAAUAUCACUUCAAUGUUCAGUGAUGAAAAUCCAAAUGCAUGCACAAUUGUGUAGAUAGGCGAUGCUUUGUCCGCCGUCGUCUUGCUGAUAUCUUGCACCAAUAUUGUGUACCAAACAUGCAGUUAACAGAGAACUCAAUAAAAUUCAUUGGCAAUAAUUCCUCCAGAUAAGUACGUUUCUUGGCUCGGUAAUAGUCCGCUUCUAUUGAAGUGCGCCAUAUUCAUUCCGCUGGGAAGAAUCCAAUUAAUUAUCGGGGUGAAAAACAUUAGAUAUGCCAGCUUCUGUAGGAGAUUCCUAGCUUUUAAGGGCAGAUAGAAUUUAUUGUUCCUGCAUUCCCCUUCUGUGACGGCUAAUAAAUUGUACCUGACAUUCAUUGCUUGUGAAAGAAUUCUAAUAAAGCUCUGUUGCUCAAUGUGUAGCAAAUGAGUCUCAUCAAAUAAGAUGUCACUAGCGUAAACGCUUCA